CCACCGCUCUAUGGCACAGCUCGCGGCCCCUUUCCCGGCAUGCACCGGGCGUGCGUCGGAAAGAUGGCCGCCGGGACGGGUAGUGAGUGGGGAGCACAAGUUGCUGAAUGUCGGGCCCACAGAGCCAUGGUCCAUCCGGGAGAAACUGUGCUUGGCCUCCUCUGUCAUGCGAAGCGGGGACCAGAACUGGGUGUCUGUCAGCAGAGCUAUCAAACCUUUUGCAGAGCCAGGACGCCCACCUGAUUGGUUUUCUCAGAAACAUUGUGCAUCACAAUAUUCUGAGCUUCUGGAGACAACAGAAACACCAAAAAGAAAGCGUGGUGAGAAAGGUGAAGUGGUAGAAACUGUAGAAGAUGUUAUUGUGAGGAAAAUGACGGCAGAACGGGUAGAAGAGCUGAAGAAGAUGAUUAAGGAAACUCAAGAGAAAUACAGGCAGCUGAAGAGGGAUGCAGAACUGAUUCAAGCAGGGCAUAUGGACCACAGGCUGGAGGAAAUAUAUAAUGACAUUGUGGUGAAGAAGAGAAUGGAAGAGGAAGAGGCAGAGAUGAAGAAGAAAGCUACAGAUGCUGCUUAUCAGGCUCGUCAAGCAGUUAAAACCACAUCACGAAGACUGCCUGGAAUGAUGGUUCGCUCUCCAGCAGGUUCUACUUCACCAGGAGCAGACUACGGUCUCGGGGACUUGUCUCAACCCAGUGUCGAAGAGACUAGUCCAGGGGUAACUCCAGGGACAUUGCCCAGCACCCCAGUUGCCUCCUUCAUUGGGAUCCCUGACACCCCUUUGGGCUCCACCUCCCUGGAUGCCCCCAUGACCCCAGUCACAGAUGAUUCAGCCCAGAAAAAGAUGCUAGGACAGAAAGCAACUCCGCCUCCUUCUCCUCUGCUUUCAGAGCUGCUGAAGAAGGGCAGCCUCCUGCCCACGAGCCCCAGGCUGGUGGGCGAGAGUGACAUGUCAGUUGUUUCUGGUCAUGCAAGCAGCUCUGGUAUCCUCCUAGAGGUUGGAGGAGUCCUUCCGGUUUUGCAUGGUGGAGAGAUGCCGUCAGCUCCUACUACUGUUCCUGCAUCCCCUGCUGCUUCAGGUGCUCCUACUCUUUCCCGCCUUUUAGAAGCUGGUCCAACACAAUUCACCACAUCGCUUGCUUCCUUUUCUGCUGUUGCCAGUGAACCUUCAGCCAAACUCCUGCCACCCCCCGUAGAGCCCGUGUCUCAGGCAACUAUAGUCAUGGUCCCUACGUUACAAGCACCAGCUGCUGUGCCACCUGCUGCAACUCCAGAAAGUGUAGCGACAGUGAGUCAGCCCAGCACCUGCGUUUCCAUGGAGCCCGUUCCUAAUCCUCACACUGUGACAGUGUCGAUGGACAGUAGUGAAAUAUCCAUGAUUAUUGAUUCCAUCAAGAAAGACUGCCUGGGCUCUGGGGCAUCCGCUGCUGUAGGUACUUCCAAAGACCACAGCAUGGAUGGGAAGGAAGACCUGGAUCUGGCUGAGAAGAUGGAUGUUGCAGUUUCCUAUGCAGGAGAAGAGCCUUCUUACACCGGGGAAGAACUGGACUUUGAGACUGUUGGGGACAUCAUAGCCAUUAUUGAGGAUAAGGUGGAUGACCAUCCUGAAGUCCUGGAUGUAGCAGCAGUGGAGGCUGCUUUGUCUUUCUGCGAAGAGAUUGAGGACCCUCAGUCACUGACUGGGCCCUGGGAGCAUUCUCUCCAGCGGGAGCAUCCCCUCCAGGCAGAGCGUGAGAAGCAGAGCCAGAUCCCCCCAAUGCCUGUGACGGUAAAGCAGGAGAGGUCAGAUUGUGAGGAACCAGAGGCCAAGAGCAUCCGGGACCUGAUGAACAUGGGAGACCUGGGAGCAGAAAUAAAAAGCGAGCCUCCGGAGCAGGGACAGAUUCAUUUGGGCUCCGAGGAAACCUCUGCAGUAGCAGCCAGAGCAAGUGAAGCCACUGAGUUGAGGGGACAGAUCUCUGAAGAUGAAGAGGGAGCGGUUGCUGGCCUGGAGGGCUCUGAACUGGAGAUGGAAUCAUCAAAGGAUGAAAUGGAUCAUGGAACAGUGAAGACAGAGCUCCCUGCUGAUGAUGAAACUUCCUCUUCGCAUGCUCCGAGUGCAAGUGAAGACUCAUCACAGGCAGAUCUUCACCACAAAUAUGAGCUUUCAGAAUCAAUGAAGGAAGAAGCCCAAGCUUUAUUUGAGAACCAAAUGAAGGGUGAAGAGGAUGAGGAGGAUGGCGCCAGCGAGGCUGCCAGUUUGGAGGAGCCCAAAGAGGAAGAUCAGGGUGAGGAGUAUCUCUCAGAGAUGGACAAUGAACCCCCUGUGAGUGAGAGCGAUGAUGGCUUCAGUAUCCAUAAUGCGCCUUUGCAGUCUCACACGCUGGCCGAUUCCAUCCCCAGCAGCCCUGCCUCCUCACAGUUCUCUGUUUGCAGUGAGGAUCAGGAAGCCAUUCAGGCCCAAAAGAUCUGGAAAAAGGCUAUUAUGUUGGUUUGGAGAGCGGCUGCUAACCACAGAUAUGCCAAUGUCUUUUUGCAGCCGGUGACUGAUGAUAUUGCUCCAGGUUACCACAGUAUUGUGCAGAGACCAAUGGACUUAUCAACGAUCAAAAAAAAUAUUGAGAAUGGACUGAUCCGGACCACAGCCGAGUUCCAGCGAGACAUCAUGCUGAUGUUCCAGAAUGCUGUCAUGUACAACAGCUCAGACCACGAUGUGUACCACAUGGCUGUGGAAAUGCAGCGCGAUGUCCUGGAGCAGAUCCAGCAAUUUCUAGCCACACAGUUGAUCAUGCAAACAUCUGAAUCUGGAAUCAGUGCAAAAAGCCUACGUGGACGAGAUUCCACACGGAAACAAGAUGCUUCAGAGAAGGACAGUGUUCCUAUGGGCUCUCCGGCCUUUCUCCUUUCUCUCUUCGAUGGGGGGACCAGAGGACGGCGUUGUGCCAUCGAAGCAGAUAUGAAGAUGAAAAAAUGAUGCAGGUGGCAGAAGACUGGAGACAGCCCCCUCUUGUCAUUUUGAUAUAGGAGAUCGAAGCAAGAACCUUCCUGAUGCAGAGGAUGAAUCGGCUGUAGACAGGGCAGACUUGCCUGUCUGUAUGAAGAAGUGUCAUCCUUGAAUGUAUAAUCAAGAACAAGAUGGGAGCUCCACUGCCUGUUGUAGGGUGGCUGUAUUGGGGCCCCAUUAGUGUUCUCAUAUUAGCUAGCAAAUCAGUGGCUAGUACGUACUGUAAUGUGAAGUGUACAGAUUUUUAUUUUUACUUUUAUUUUUAAUUUUUGUAUUUGUGAAGUGUAAAUGUGUAUAAUAAACAAUAGUAGAAUCCGA